AUGUCUCUUCCCGUAAAGGCCCAGAAUAUCGCCCAAGAAACGGUGCAGUACGCUAAGAAGGCGAAUGCCGGCGAGCAACAGGACAAACUCAAUCCUGCCGACAGUUCAAACCCGCAAAAGUCGGUGCUUCUUCAUGGCUUCUCAUCUGUGAAGCAGCAAGCUUACGGCAGCACACCGCUGGAGAAGCUGGAAAAGUCGGCCUUUGACCGCGAACAGUACCGCAACAUGACGAUGCUCCGAUCGGUGCAAGGCAUCCAUGCCCCGCUUCGUCUUCUCGCCGAACGCAAGGCCGCUUCACAUGUCGGCCACUUGCCGUUCCUGCCGCGCUCCAACUUGAUGCUGGACGUGCUGGAAGGUCGCGACGAAAUGAUCACCCCAAAUGAGAUCUUCAACGGUAAGCCCCUGGCCCAAAUUGCAGAGCAUAAAAAUAGUAAACACCACUAA